AUGAAGACAUCUUUGGGCUUCCAGCCCUCUGAGGAAGAUGAAAUUAAGUGUUUUCUUGCGGAUAUCCAGUAUCGGCUUUCCUUACACUGCUGCCGCGUAUUGGCUCAACUCACAGCACACACAGGUAAAUCGUUUCUUACCCUGGCGAGGCGAGGACGCUCCCCAACACGCCUAGAGACGGGAGGCGAACGUGCGGAGGAUAUUGGAAAGCGUGAUGAGUUCAGUAUGCAUGAAGAGGCCUACCGUUCUGUUCUUAGUGCCAUUACGGCUUCAUGUACACUUGGACAUCGUUCCUGUCAUGCUCUCUGGGGACCACGUGGUUGUGGUGAGCAUCGCAUCCUUCGACUCGUGGCAAAGGAAUGUAGGCAGCGUGAUGGGACACUUGUUCUUUAUCUUGACGGUGAUACUCUGAACGGCGACGAGGAUGGCCUUUCCUCCAUUGCGAAUCAAAUUCUUGCGUUUUUAAAGAGCCCACAAUCGUCGCGAUUACGAGCGGCUGAUUGGUCUUUGCGUACUGGGACAUUUGAUUUUGGGUUACUCUUUGGAUUUCCCAAAUUGUUGCAGCGGGACGUCGCCGCGUCUGGGGAGCGGGAGAGCGACAAUGACGAUGCCAACACGACGACACGAAGGAGAACCACGGCGAACCGGCAAAACAAAUCCGGGAAAGAGAAUGAUAAAAAGGCCACGAGAAAGCGUUUUCGCUCGCCAUCGCCCAUUGACUCCGGUAGUGAAGAUGAAAGCAUCGACGGCGAUGAAAGUCUGCUUUUGGUUACGUCAACCAUGGCAUGUGCCACAGGAGGUGUUUCUAGUGCAUUGCCAGCGUUGCAGCGAUCUCUUCUUUUGAUGAAAAGCUAUGGCACGAAUCUUGUUGUUUGCAUUCGUCGGGUAGAACGAUUUGGUAUUUGGUGUGACCAACUUUUGUAUGUGCUGUCUGGACUUAUGCAUGAAAGUGAUGGCCGAGGAGGUGGAAUGUCACUUGUCAUGACUUCGUCCACACCCGAUAUUCGUCAACUGGAGAAGCGCCUCUCGAGCCGACUCACGUGUGAAACGCGUUGCAUCCCAUUGCUUCCGUGGACUGCUGACCGCGUGACUAGGGCGUGCCUCGUGGAGGUGAAGGAAUCCCUGCAAAGCUUACUUGAAAGUCGUGCGGCGGCAAAGAAAAGGGAAAGUAAAAAGAAAAAAACUCUUUCUUCUGAGACUUCCUUGAGGAGUAGGGUGGAAACUUUGCUUUUUCCUCACACGGGGUGGCGCCUUGAUGUCGUUAGCGCCGCACAGGAAGGAUGGAAACAGCAGGGUAGUGAGACGUUGGGUACAUUCACCGCCUCAUCAAAUGCUGAAGCGCAACUUUUGGUGGAAACAAUGCUGGAGAUGCUGACGGCGGCCAGAGCGGAACUAGACAGUGCCUUCAAGUUUCAAGACGAAUCAGUGAACGACAGUUGUUUUGCGGGACGGAUUACACAAGCCUCUGGGCACCUAAGGAGUUUGGGCGCUACAGCAGGACGGGUUAUGGCGUCUGUCACUUCCGCCUUUGGCGAUGUUUGUUCUGGCAAUCUUGCCUUCCUUCAUGAGACAAGUCGUAGAAACAUCAUCCUGUGGUUGACGGGUCGCUUGAAGAAGAGUGGGGGAAGCAAGAGUUUGCGGGGAGCCUUUACUACUGCUCCAGAAGCGGUGCGGGCGUUAUGGCUAUCGACUACUUCCAAGAAACCUUUUCGGAAUGGAACUGGGGCGACUGCGGUGACGGCGGCAUCGGCGUCAUCUUUGUCUUUUCGUGGCCCUCAGCCUUUAUUUGACGACCUGCUAUCGGAUUGCCGACUUGUGGACCUGGGGUAUUGUUCCCGCGAAACUUUUCUUGUCUUGGUGUACGUGUACUUGCGGCACGAGGCGGGAGUGGCGCGGACUGUUGUUGACCUGCUGGAGGACGUUUCCUCUUCGAUGGGGACCCAAGCAGCCGCUGCUCUUGACCGCGCAGCCUUUCGUGUUGCCAUCGCUGAUCUGCAUCGUUGGCGGAUUAUUCGCGUCGCUGGGGGAGGCGACGUUGGCAUAGUCUCAUUGCGUGGUAGUUCUGCGAGGCUCCGGGAAUUCCUGCAAUCGGUUUUGCGUCGCGCGGACUACUGUGCUUCUGUGUUGGGGCUGGAGGCGAGGGAGAUGACACGACUGCGUAGUCUUGUGUGA